AUGUCUGUCUAUUCAGGAUUUGCAACUAGAUAACUGGAAGGUUAAUAUAACAAAUUGAUUACUUCUUUACUCAAAAUUUUAUAACGCAGAAUAAUUAAGUUCUAUAAGAAUGAAUAAGCAGAUGAAUAAUAAUUCAAAAGAGUUGUUGAAGAAGUAAUAAUUUUAUAUUAUAAAGACUCUUAUGAAAUUGAAUCAAAUGGAACAUUAAAAAUAUAAUGAACCUUAUAUUAGUGCUGUCAUGGGAGAAAUUUGUGAUUUAUUAAAAAUCUAGCAAAAUUGUUCAACUGGUUGUGCCUGUUAAUGUCAUCUACAAAUGAGAAAGCAGACAUUUUUAACUUAAGACAAAGAAAUCCUAUCAAAUCCUUCAUCUUGUAGAAAACAGACGGUCAGUUCUAGAAAGACAAGUGUCAAAGGUAUCAAUAAUACAACUUUUAUUGAAAAAGCAUAACUAUCUAAAAUUUAAUAAUAUACUCAAGUAUCAUCUACUUACAAAUCUCCAUAUUAUUUGAGUCAAAACAAUUAAUAAUAUGCUAAAUCUAAAUUGAACUUUUACUAAAAUACAUCCAAUAUUACUAACACAAGUUCUAUUGAAAGGCCUACCACUAAAAGUUAUUAAAGACCAUAAUCAAAAUCCCCAGGAAGAGGCAUUUCUUCUAGACUUAUGAGAUCAUCAGAAGGAUAAAGAGCUAAUCCAAAUGAGAGUUUGGAAGAAAAGAGAUAUGAGAAAACACAAACAUUUGGAUAAUAAUAUAAUAAAUUUUUUAAAAAAAGGAUUUUUUGA